AUGGCACCCAGAAGGUCCACCAGGGCUAAGAAAGCAGAUAACUUGGCUGUGGAAGAGAAUGAUGAGACAGAAGUAGAGGCUCCAUUGACUGAGGCCCCUCCAGAACCACCUGUGGACCCAUACGUUGUGGAAUCUAAGGAUCCAUACGAUGUCCAGGAUUCCAAUGAACAUGUUGACGUAGAUCUUGAUGAGGAUACCGCAACUAUUUUGGAAAAUGACAUACCACAAGUUCCAGAUCAGGAGGAAACCAACUCUGGCCAUGUUUCACAAAAGAUGUCAGAAAACGUUGAGCUCCUUUGUGAUAUGGUAAAGUCACUAAAGCAGCUGGAAGAAGAUGUUGCUCCUGACAGUGACGAUUCUGAAGAAGGAGCUAUUGUAGAAGAUGAAGUACCAUUUGAAAGAUUACCAGAUCCUGGAUGCCAAAGCAAUAUUGUCCACCUGUUGAAUAUCCCUCCAGAGGUUGAUUUCUCUAAAAUCGUUUCAUUGAUAUCGAAAUAUGAGGAAAUUGUUAACCAUUGUUUCAUUUCUGGUGCAACAGAGUUGAAGAUUAUUUUCAAGUCCUUCUUUCUCGCAUCGGAAGCAAAGACACAACUGGACAAUCUAAAAUUGCAUAAUCGCAGAAUCCAGGCAAUAUAUAGUAAAGCGGAUGAAUAUAAUCCAAAGAUUCCUCCCGCACCUCAUUAUGAUCCAAACUACAACCAGAGAUUUUUUAGGUCUCACGAUAUGCCAAUGAUACCACCUGCUCCUCCGGUUCCCCCAGUUCCGCCUAUUCCACCAUCACUCCCAUUACCCCCGUUGCCUUUAGCAAAUCCACCUUUGCCACCAACCAGAGGUGGACACUUCCGCUCGUUUAAUGAUGACAGACAGGCACCAAACCGCAUAUAUUUUGGACGAUUUAUUAGCAAAAUGGAGGGGAAAACUCUUUCUGAAAUUGUUAACGGACAGCAGCCCCUCUCUAAUUGGAGUAGUGAUCAAUCUGUUGAAGAACAACAGUUUGAAUUUGACAAAAUUGUCGAAGAAUAUGGAAUUACUAAUCGCUAUUUGAUAGUUGGGGGAUUACCACCAGAAGUGACUUCUAGCGCUGAUGCUGCUUACGAAUGGUUGUCAAAACUUACUGAUUCUGUCGUGGAUAUUGAUAUUGUUUCGAUGCCAAAUUAUGAACCCAAUAUAUCAAAUCCAUAUCUUCAUUUAACAUUUCAAAAGAGAGUGGAUUGCCAAAAUCUCAUGACAAAAAUCACUGAAUUGGGUGAUGGUUUACUCUGUAAAUACGCGGCUCCAAGACGAGCUAUUGAUUCCCUAUGGAUUGGAAAUAUAGCUGAAAUUUGUGGAUAUUGUAGGAACGAGGAAGAGUUGUCGAUAUUUCUAUCAACGUUUGGUGAUGUCAGGGGAUUUAGACUGAUACCAGAACGUUUGUGUGUAUUUGUUACCUAUAUACACAAGGUGGAUGCGAUUAGAGCUAGAAACAGCCUUUUAGGAUUGUCGUUAUCUGGAAACCGUUCCGCCGCUCUCAACGUUGAUUUUUCUACAUCUGAGCCAAGAACUCAACGUUCAUAUCGUAGAUCUGAAAGAGAUGCUUCAUCGCAGAGUUUAGGUGGGAAAUUGUUGGCUGCUAUCCAAAAGAGAUCAGACGGUGACUUGUUGAUUAAAAAGUUGUUAUCUAAUGACUCUGAUAUUUUACCGGACUUGUCUAACACUAGACACCAUAGUAGGAAUUCUUCCAGGGUUGAUAGGUUUGGUAGAACCAUACGUGAUCAUUCUCGUCACGAGUAUCAUCGUUCACAUCCAUAUGAUAGAUCGCACGAUAGAUCUCAUUCGUCCCGUCACGGGCAUUAUGAUGACGAUGUUCAGCCAUGGUCUAGAGGAAGGAAACGUGCUGGUUCAUUUAUGCGAGACGAUGAUGUUAAGCACAGAAGGCAUGCCUCACCUCCUAAAGAGCCUGUUGAAGAUCGGGUGCCAGAAGCGCCUUCCUCUCCUUCCCGUCAAACGCUCAUGUGCAAACUACUUAAGCGUGGCAAACCUAUAUGCAAUGUUUCAGCUGUAUUUGUUAGGGGUGAUGCUUCUCACAAGUUGCCGAACAUGCUUGAUGUCAAUCAACGUGCUAAUCCAGAGCGCCUAAAGAACACAUUACAAAAGGGACCGGAGUUGUCCCUUUGGCAAUUGGGUGCUGACACGAGAGAUGAUAGUGUAAAGUAUGAUGGAUUGUGCGAUUAUUUGAUUUCAAAAAGCAGAGUGGCUCUUGUUCAAGAGGGACCAUAUGAAAUUUACAUUGUUCCCCCUUUUAAGGACUAUGUGGAUAUGCUGUCAAUGCCAGAUUCUCAGUUUAUGUAUGCCUACAUGCUCCCAAAGGGCGGUAAUUGA